CAUCUUUUCCAAAAAACACCAUGAAGUUCUCUUCAAAGCUCUCCCUCGCCCUCGUGGCCGCCCUCCCCAACCUCGCCUCCGUCUUGGCCAGCGACGUCCUCGAUUUGACCGAGUCUACCUUCCAGAAGGAGAUUGCCGGUGAAGACUUGGCUUUGGUUGAGUUCUUUGCUCCUUGGUGCGGUCACUGUAAGAACCUUGCACCCCACUACGAGGAAGCCGCUACCGAGCUCAAAGAGAAGAAUAUCAAGCUUGCCAAGGUCGACUGUACCGUUGAGCAAGGUCUUUGCGGCGAGUUUGGUGUGAAUGGAUACCCAACGUUGAAGGUGUUUAGGAACGGUUCCCCUACCGACUAUGCUGGUACCAGGAAAGCCGACGGUAUCAUUAGCUACAUGACUAAGCAGAGCCUCCCCGCCAUUAGCGAUGUAACCCCUGAGUCUCAUGACACGUUUAUCAAGUCUGACAAUGUUGUCCUCGUUGCCUACGGUGACGAUGCCCAUCCUGUCCCUGAAGCCUUCAAGCAGUACGCCAAGGGCGCCCGAGACUCAUACCUCUUCGGCCAAUACCUUUCCAACGACCUUCCUUCUAUCCCCGAGAACCCCUCUCUUCCCGCUAUUGUCCUCUAUAAGGACUUUGACGAAGGUUAUGCAGUCUUCCCGUCUGGCGAGAUCGCCCAUGCCGAUGUUGACGAGCUCAGCGAGUUUGUCAAGCAAAACUCCAUCCCUCUCUUUGACGAAAUCUCUCCCGAAAACUUUGGCUCUUAUGCCGAACAGGGUAUCCCCAUCGCAUACCUCUUUGUCGACCCCAACGAGGCUUCUGCCCGUGAAAAGCUUGUCGAGGAACUCAAGCCCCUUGCCAAAGAGCUCAAGGGUAUUGUCAACUUUGUUUACAUUGACGCUAUCAAGUUUAUCGACCAUGGCAAGUCUCUCAACCUCCCAGGUGACUCUUGGCCUGCCUUUGUGAUUCAAGACCUUGCCGACCAGACCAAAUUCCCUUUGACCAGCAAGGCCACCGCUGAAAAUAUUAAGGACUUUGUCAAGAAGUACGUUGUCGGUGAGAUUUCUCCUAGCAUCAAGUCUGAGCCUAUUCCGGCCACCCAAGGUCCUGUUUACAAGCUUGUUGCCGACGACUGGGACAACGUUUACGGCGAUGAGUCCAAGGAUGUUUUUGCCGAGUUUUACGCUCCUUGGUGCGGUCAUUGCCAACGUUUGGCUCCCAUCUGGGACACUCUCGGUGAGAAGUACGCCGGUAACAACAACAUCAUCAUUGCCCAAAUGGACGCCACCGAGAAUGACAUUCCCCCUUCUGCCCCCUUCCGAGUCCAAGGCUUCCCGACCCUCAAAUUCCGACCUGCCGGUUCUUCUGAAUUCAUUGAUUACACUGGCGACAGGAGCCUCGACAGCCUUGUUGAGUUUGUAGAGACUAACAGGAAGAGCGAUGCUGAUGUCGCCGAGGAGGAGUGGGAGGAUGAGGACGAGACUCCUGAGCACGAUGAGUUGUAGAUGGGCAUUUGAGUGAAUAUGCAGUCUGAAUUGAAUUUAGCUUUCGAACUCAAGCAGGCCUUUCUUUUCUCUCCAUGGGCGGGUGACAUCUCAUGUCAAUUAUCCUAUGCUUCUUAUAAGGCCACAAUGAAGCGAAAUAUCUCCAGUGGAAUAACAGUAUACAAGAGUAGCAUUACUGAUCAUAAUAUAGUGCAUAACCCUACGAAAUCUAAAAACCAAAAGGAAUGCUACAUUACACUUUGACCUCAGUCUUCAAGACCUUCUUCCAAAUGGGCACCUUUGACUUCUUCCUCUCCACUUCCCUCUUUAUCUCUUCCUCCAACUCUUCCUCAUCCAAUUCUCCAGACGCAUACCAGAUAAUUGUCGCUAUACCCAAUAGCGCUGUGAUGAUACAUCCAGCAAGCGCGCCAAUUGCCUUUGGUGUCCAGCCCAUCUUGAGCGGCCAAGGACCCCAUGGCUGGCCGGCGAAAUCGGUAGUAGAGAAUUUGCCAACGACAUUACCCUCAGUACCCUUGUUCCACCAUCUGCAUUGAUCAGUGAUCUGUUCAGGAACAUCGGAGGCGAGGGCUUGGAAUGCUUCGGGGGCUUCGACCAUGAUGGCUGCGAGGCCGGAGGAGAGAUGCCAGUCGAUCUGUUAAAAAAUAUUAACCGCGAGAAGCGUUGCAUCUGUCAGCCCAAGAAAACUUGAAAAAGUUCAAAAGUGUGAAGGGAAGAAAGGAGAAGAGAAGACGUACAUGACAGUGGAACAUCCAAGUACCGGGGUUAUCAGCUCUCCAACGGAGUACGACCUUGCCAGUAGGAGGAACGACAACUGUAUCACGUCGAGCGGGGUUAGACUGGGACUCGUUAAGAGGAGGGUUGAUGUCGGUGUCGUUGGAGGUGACGUCGAAUGACUUGCUGGCGAGUUGGAACACGUGGCUGUUUCAAUCCAAUGACAACGUUAGCGUAGUGUUCGGCCAACGAGUUCAAUGGGAAAGUGGGAACAAGGAAAAGAAAAGGGACGUACCCAUGGAGAUGGAAAGGGUGGAAACCUGCAUCCCAAUUGUAUACUGUAAGUUGAACAAUUGAGUUGUGUCGAUAUGCGAAGGCAUUAGUCAUUGCUCCGUAAACGGCGUCAUUGAAUGAGUCGUUUCCCAUAGUGAGGGCGGUGAGCAUGGACGGCGUGGAUGUGGGCAUUUGGUAGGUGAUGUUAUUGAACGAGGCUCGGUUGGUUCCAUCGUCGUAUGUCUGUUCAAGUUCAAAAUGUGAGUCAGAACCAGGUUUGGUAUGUUAUGAAGAAUGCUGGGGUAAAGAGGUACGAGGCACGUACGUCAAAGUAGGCGUGAAGGUCAAUCUCAACAUCCGGGUUGCGGAGGAAAUCUUCCUGCUCCAGAGGCACCACCUUGGUAUCAUCGAAAGUUUCGAUAUCAUAUACGAUGUAAGGGGUAGCAGGUGGAGCGGAAGAGUUGUAAACGAUUUGGAUGGUGUUGUUGAGAACAAGAUCGUCGGGGACGGCGUCAUACCUAUUUAGGUGAAGAGAAGGGUAAUGGUCAGCGCGGUGUGCUUUCAGAAAAGACGAGAGAGUGAGGAAACGAGGAGAAAGCGUACAUAUCGGUAUCCUGAAUGAACAUGAAAGCAUAGUUCCUGUCUGUUUGAUUCAGGGCUCGAACCCAAACGGAGUACCUUUGCGCAACCGAUAUGGUGACAGCGUCGACA